CCUCAUUCUCUCACUGCAAUGUCCACAAAUGGCAGCUAUUAGAAUCCGCUAGCUAUAAUCUCAGUCACCUAAAUGCUCAGUAAAUCAACUCGUUGGGGGGGGGGGGAUUAGCUAACAUCCCACAAAGGAUGCAUUUCUUGCGGCUGUAAUUCCCGAAAAAGGGGGAGAAGAGGAAAAGAAGAUUGUUAAAAAAAUAAAUAAAAAAUCUGAAUUGUUGGGCCUCACUGGAACUCUCCCAUGAUGCCUGAGGUUCGGGAGCUUUCAGACGCACUGCCGGAGUUGCCAAUGGACCCCAUCACUGGUGUGGGGGUGGUGGCCUCGCGAAACAGAGCGCCUACUGGCUAUGAUGUGGUCUCCCAAACAACAGAUGGUCUUGACGCUGACUUGUGGAAAGACGGCCUGUUCAAAUCCAAGGUGACACGCUACCUCUGUUUCACCAGGGUCUUCUCUAAAGAAAACAGUCAUUUAGGUAAUGUGCUGGUGGACAUGAAGCUUAUCGACAUCAAGGACACUCUGCCUGUGGGUUUUAUUCCCAUCCAGGAGACUGUGGACACACAGGAGCAGGCCUUCCGGAAGAGGAGGCUGUGUAUCAAGUUCAUCCCGCGGGACUCCACAGAGGCAGCCAUCUGUGACAUCAGAAUCCUGGGCAGGUCCAAGCAGGCCCCACCGCAGUACACUUUCAUAGGAGAGCUCAACAACAUGGGGAUCUGGUAUCGCAUGGGUAAGGUCCCGCGUGCCCAGGAAUCUUCGCCAACUCCAACCACCAAUAACAUCCAGAACAUCAACUCGACGGCCAACACCACACCAACCCCAGCAGCCCCUCUGCCUAAACAUAUAUCCAUGACACUCCCCGCCAGUUUCAAAAGGCAAACCACUACCAGACCAGAUUUUGAACACCAGAACUCCAACCUGUACGCCAUAUCAGCAAUGGAUGGAGUGCCUUUCAUGAUCUCUGAGAAGUUUGCCUGCGCUUCCGAUGAUCUGCAGCAGGUGGAUCUGAUGGGCAUCACAAUCAAGUCGCUGACGGAGAUUGAGAAAGAGUACGAGUAUAGUUUCCGCACAGAGCACAGCGCAGCAGCGAGGCUUCCCCCCAGUCCCACACGGAUCUCCCUGGGCUCUGAGGCCUGAGCCCCCCCCCCCCCUAGUCCCACACAGUUCUGAGCCUCUCCCCCCCCCCAGUCCCACACAGAUCUGAGCCUCCCCCUCCUCCCCUCCAGAGAGACCUGAGCCUCUCCCCCCUUCUCCCUCUUCCCCUCCAGAGAGACCUGAGCCUCUCCCUCUUCCCCUACAGAGACCUGAGCCUCUCCCUCCUUCUCCCUCCUCCCCUACAGAGAUCUGAGCCUCUCCCUCCUUCCCUACAGAGAGGUCUGAGCCUCUCCCUCCUUCCCUACAGAGGUCUGAGCCUCCCCCAGUCCUCCAGCAGGAGAGGAGGAGAGACUCACACUACUACUACUACUGAGAACCAUCCCACACAAACCAAGCCAGAGAAAGAGUGCGACAGAGGAAACUAGGUCUCCCUCUCUCCCUUUGGCCUGCCUGCCUCCCUCUACUCCUCCCCGCCUCCUUCCACUCCUCCCCGCCUCCACUCCUCCUUGUCUGCCUCCCUCCACUUCUCCCUCCCUCCCUCUACUCCUCCCUGUCGGCCUCCCUCUACUCCUCUCUCCUUGUCUGCCUCCCUCCCUCCCUCCCUCCACUCCUCCUUGUCUGCCUCCCUCCACUCCUCCUUGUCUGCCUCCCUCCCUCCCUCCUCGUCUGCCUCCCUCCACUCCUCUCUCCUUGCCUCCCUCCCUCCUCGUCUGCCUCCAUCCCUCCACUCCUCCCUCCACUCCUCCCUCCCUCCCUCGUCUGCAUCCCUCCACACCUCCCUCCACUCCUCGCCUGCAUCCCUCCACUCCUCCCUCCACUCCUACCAAACAAAACAAUAAGGUCAUUGGGACAGCUUGGUCCACUGUCCAAAUGGAUGGUCCUUUUUCUUUUGAAAAAGAAAAAAAAUGAACAAACAGAAGUCCUUUGGUUGCCCAGUCGUUUCUUCUUCUUUGUUUUUAAAGUUCAGUACUGCUUAUUUGAGGAGGGAAAACGAUCCAUGGUAAAAAGGGGACCCGUUGAUGCAUUAAGGCUUUCACAGACGUGUGAUCGAGACGAGCUCCGCUGUGCAUUCAGGAUGGAAAGACCUGUGAACCUGAUGGUUGUGUGAUUUUGGACCCUUGGUGGUUAAGGGAGGAGAGAGAGAGAGAGAGAGAGAGAGAGAGAGAGAGCAAGGCUUGCCCAUUCAACCCAUGAACCAUAAUGGCAGAGGCACCAGUUUAGUCUAGAAAUGCACAUUUGAUCCAUCCCUACUUUCGGGAAACUUUAAAGCACCCACAGAGACUUGGGAUGGUUGGAACAAACCGUGCUCUAUAAUACCCUAUUGGAUAUAAGCAGUGCGUAACCCACUGGUCUCGCCUUCGUUCCAUUGGUCGUCUGUGGAUAUUUCUGCAUUAAAGAGCAGCUUAGCCAGUCGUUGACUACAGUCCCCACCCACCUCCCUGUACACUAGAUGUAAGCCCAGGAAGAGGAGCCAGCUUACAUGUUACUGUAAAAUAAAUGUCCCCCAACAAUAUUGAUUUGGACAGUUCACCAAAUGCUUUGAGAUUGUUCUUUUCUCUCGUCAUUCUUUGUGAGUCAUUUCAGAUGUUCUUACUCUUUGCCUCGGCUGUUGUGUCACGUUUCAACGACUCCAUCGAUGUGCUUUCUGGUCUGAGACACUCCUUGAAUUAAAAUCAGAACCACUAGUAAAUGGACUGUUACAGUCGGUAAGGUCUUGCUGUUAGCUGGACGACACACCACUGUUUUUUGAUUUUUGUGUGUUUUUUUGUUUUUGUUUUUUCAAAGCCAGAUGUUUGCAUCUGUUACCAGUCUCACUGUGGCUUUACUCAGUCUUUUGGUUUUAGUAUUUCUUAUCUUUUAAAAUAUGUAUUUUCUAUUUCUCGCGGAAUGAGUUUGACAGAAACGUACUGCUUAGUUUUGAAGGAGCCAGUUACCAAUGAGAGCCCUGUCUUUCUCUAGUCAGGUUACAAUGUUCAGCAUUGUGAUAGUAUUCAUUUGCCACUUUCAUUUUCUUAAUGAACAAAAUAGAUUUUAAAAUGUUUUAAUUACGUGUAUAAUAUUGUGUUUUGAACUAAAUGGGAUGUUCUUGUAUCAAGAAGAACACACUUAAUAAUUUGGGCUCAAGUAAUGGGCUUUUGUUUCACGCAUAAAGCUGAUAUGUGUGGUCUUCUAAACGGUCUGCUUUUUUUUGUAUUUUCAAAAACGACUAAUUGUAAUAAUAAUUUAAUAAAGUGUUCCUGAAGUUUUGCCUGUCCAUUGGCAUGGCAAUAACACCCCCAUCUCCUCAGUUUUCUCCAAACUCUUACACAAUUCCCUCUAAACCUUGGGGUUGUGUUCACCAUAUCAAAAAAUGUUUUGCGACAGGGAACAACUGAAAGCUGUGUUCAGUUUAGUACCUUCCGGUUUAAAAAAACGUUCUCUCUCUGUUGAACACGACCCACCUUACACACUCCAAACUAUCAGGAAACACACAUCUUCUGCGAUAGUGUUUUUUUCAAACACUAUAGUCUCUUUUUGUUUGUUUUUUGUCUUAUUGCCUCAACUGUGCUUACAACCAACUGUGAUCAAACCACUCAUUGAUACGACUUUGUUUGUUGUUGUUGCUUGUCAUUCUUUUACCCACACAUGCUUGAUAUUGAUGGUAUUAAUAUUGAGAACGUUUUUUUUCUACAACAGUAUUUGUCUUAAAUGGCAUCCAGAGUUGCUCUUUUUCGACAUAAGCUUUUUAAACACUGCCUAGAAAAUCAUGUCAACUCUGGAGAACCUUUUUUCUUUUCUAGCAUUCCUGGUACUGAUGUAUUCUAUCGCUGUAGUUUUUAAGCAUCCAGUUUCAACAUCAUUUAGUUGAUCUUUCUAUGCUUGGCAGAAGUUGUUUCCUCAGAGCAGCUCUUGGUGCCCUUUGGGGGGAAAACAGCCCUUUAUUUUCUCUUUGUCUAAUUGCUCAUUUAAGGCCUGAGGAGUAUUCUGACCCUUCUCUCCCCAGAAUAAUUGACCAAUACAUUUCAGUGUUGUAUUUUUCAGAAAAUCAAAAAAAAAGGUCAAAUCAAUGUAAAAAGAGAUGGAUUGUGUUAUUGCACUGCCUAUAUAUUGUGAUCAUGCUAGUAGCUUAGCUAGUUCAACUAGACCAAACGUCCAUUCAAAAACGAUGCUUGUAAAAUGCUCCCACGUUACGGCUUGUUUUGUUCUGCCUGCAUCAUGGUAACCUACACCUGUACUUCUACAUCUGAACUGUGGCGUGUAAAUAUCUUCAGAUGGUCAUGAUAAAAAUACAUUGUUAACUAAUAUGAUUUGUCUGUGUAUUAACAUUUUAAUGUGAGAUCAAGUUCAGUCCUGUAUUGUUUUCAACGUGGACUCCUUUUUUAAGACAGACGCGGAUUCCUUUCAGCUAUGAGAGACUGUUCAACCAGCUGUAGCUCAGCUGUGAUUUUUAAAUGUUGUUUUUGAUUUGCAACUCUUCUCUCCUGGAUGGAGUUUGGGUUAUCCUACUUUGAAUGAUUCUCAUCCCACCAUUAAACAAAACUUAAGUUGACGACGAGAAGCUUCCACUGUUUAUAUUAUUAGUUAACACUAAAAUAUACAUUUUGAGGAUUUAACUAACAAUCGAACCACCCAAACAACGUGAAGCUCUGUACUACCGGAGGUAGAGCCUGUACGAUUUGAUGUUUUGUUUGUCUUCCUGCGAACUCUUAAUUUUUAAAUGCUUGUGAAUUCAUUAUGGCUCUGAGGAUCCUGUUGGUGAUAACUGAUGUUUUAAAAGGUCAAUUUUGGACCAAAAAAAAGCAACAAAAAUACAUUUUACAACUGUAUACCUGAUCAAUGCACGAUCAUACCAGGUAAUUUACAAAAUGGAAAUGGAUAAAUAAGAUAUUUCGCUACAGACGGGUACAUUUCUUACGGAUCUCAACAGCUUCCGUCCAAAAACAAAUCCUGUCAAUACAUACUGGAGGAGUUACUGACAAGCUAAGUGUGGCUAGCUUAGAUAACGAACUAGCUACGUCUGGAGGAGUUACUAACUACGAGUGGCUAGCUUAGAUAACGAGCUAGCUACGUCUGGAGGAGUUACUAACUACGAGUGGCUAGCUUAGAUAACGAACUAGCUACGUGUGGAGGAGUUACUAACUACGAGUGGCUAGCUUAGAUAACGAACUAGCUACGUGUGGAGGAGUUACUGACAAGCUACGUGUGGUUAGCUUAGAUAACGAGCUAGCUACGUGUGGAGGAGGAGUUACUAACUACAAGUGGCUAGCUUAGAUAACGAGCUAGCUACGUGUGGAGGAGGAGUUACUAACUACGAGUGGCUAGCUAAGUCUGUCGCUGCGCUCCUUGACCAGAAUGACACGUCGAUGAACCACCAAAGGCACACCCCAUUUCUGUUUGAAAAUUGAUAAAGAUUUUUUAUAUGACCAAAGUCGGUCUUUAAAAGACAAACCUUGUAUCCCAGUUGCAAAACCUAAUCUGUUAGGGAUCAAACAGUUCAAAUCAAUAUGGACCUAUUAUUAUUAUUAUUAUGGCAGUCUUAUGUUAAAAUGUUUACCCUGUGUGUCAUUGAGGUGUAUUUGUUUGUGUGUGAUUACACACAGAGUACCAACCAAACUACUGGUGACUAAUCCACAGGACCAACCUUUGUAUUUACUGUUUCUCAGAAGCAUCCUACAUUUGAUUUCAAUUUCAACCCACUGCUCUUCAUUACUUCCUUCCAUUCUAUAAAUGUUAUUUAGAGUUUUUUUUUUGGUGGUCGGUUGGCUCCCUCAAUCAUUAGUUAUCCGGCAGUGUGCAAACAUGCGGGUUCUCUCAUCUCGGUACCACCCCAGUCGUUUUAAUGGCGACCUAGUAAAACAACAGAGAGAGACCUCUUAACUAGCUACUUCAAAACCCACAAGUUACUUUCCUCUCAAGAUGUGUCGGCAACAGAGAAAUCUGGCACGCACAGCCCACUGUCACCAAAUUGUACCUGUAACGGAAGCAAUUUCUCCUUUCCUUGGAUAUAGACUACUUUUAAUCCCAUUUUUUGAGAUAUUUACCAUCUUUAUUAAGACAUUUAAUCAGAAACGCGGAGUGCCUGUCAAGACCUCUGUUGUCUUUGACUUCUGAUUCCUCUCCAUUUUAUUUUUUUUGUCACCAAAAAUAGAAAUCUUCUUUCAUCUUAUCCGAUGUGAGUUUCUGCAGAGAAUGGACUAGGGUCCCAUGGAAAUGACAUGGAAGUUUGUCAGGCAGACUUUUGCAUGUUGCUUGUAUGCCAGCGUACUGGGUUAAGUGUAACGGUACCAUGGAUUACUAUAGUCAAUGUCAAGUCAGUGCAUCUCUUCAAAAUGAUAACUAAUUAUAAAGAAAAGUAAUUGUAUCAUUUGUAUUAAUUUAUUUAACAUUGUCUUUUAAUAUUGACAAAUCAGUGUUUGUUUGUUUGUUUGUUUGUUUGUUUGUCUGUAUUAACACAUUUUGAAUAAAACUUUUAAAAUG